AUGUCUGGUGGUCCCUUCUCCUGCUUCUCCAAACAGGGAAUACUCCUUCUCCUACUCUCCAACCUCCACUUUGGUGUGGGUGUUUCUUCAUACCUGUCAUUCCACAAGACAGUAGGGGACUCUGUGACGAUGCCUGCAGGCUUAGAGGGGCAGAAUGUCACCCUAAUUAAGUGGAGGUAUAGCGAAAUGGAUAUUGCAGAAUUCAACUCAGAAGUUUUAUAUUUCCAUGGAUCACAUUUCAAGGGGAGACUAGAAAUGAAUGCCAAUGACUUCAGUUUAACAAUUAGGAAACUGACUCUGCAAGACUCAGGGGAAUAUGUAGUUAUUGCUGAAACAGACAAGCAGAUUCCCAGUAAGGCUGUCACUCUGGAGGUUCACGAGCCUAUAUCCAAGGUGAUGAUCCAGACAGACAUCAAGCUAUUGGCCAAACACUCCUGUUCAGUGUGGCAGGUGUGCAACGCAUCCAGUUACUCCAACCUCACCUACACUUGGAAGAGAGACAAUGAGAUGUACAUGGACGUCCAGCAGAUUCACUUCUCUCUCUCACCAGCAGAGGGAGACAUCAGUGUAACGUGCAACGCCUCCAACAUAAUCAGUUGGAAAAUUGCCUUAGCGACAGUAAAGUGUAGUAAUGACACAACCGACCUAGGGAUGGUAUGGUAUACCAACUACAUCAGAGCAUCAGUAGGAGGCGCUGUGGUGCUGAUCCUCACUGUAGUUGUGGCAGUGUGCUACUGCAGGAGCCGCCGUGACACAGAUCGUAUUUGGACGCCCAGAGCCCCCCACCUCUCCCUACCAGAAAGUACUGUGAGCUGAACAGGAUGUGGUCAAAGGCUGGGCCUUUCAUAGAUAUAGAACACUCUGCAUCCUCUGCAUCUUGCAUGUGUAUAUUCUGUAGUUAGGCCAAGAUGUUACUGGUUAAUUUCAUCACGACCUACACUAUUUGCUUACUUUUUCUUGAUUGUAAUCUUCUCCCUUUACAGUGUAUCAUAAGGCCUUAUGUAUUUCUUUGAGGGCCUAGUUACAAUUAGGAGAUUCUGAAAUGUGUAACAUGCAGUUGUAGGAGUGGUGAUCAAACAAGCUCAUAUGUCGAAUUUCUAUUUUCUUGAUUAAAGAGAAGAGUUGUAGAUAAUAGUAUGACAUUGAUUUGUGAGAAUGAUUUAUGCCUGUGAGUAGAAAGUAUACUAUUUUGCAUUAGGAUUAAGUGCUUGCCAGGCAUCAAUGAGGUUGUAAUCACAGAGUAUAUGCUGGAGAGUGGAUUGUUGUUGGUCUUAUUUGAUUUGUCCGCAUGUCCAAAAUGGCAUUCAUG